CACCGAUGCAAGAACCUACACCUGGCAGACGUACUAUGUUCCGGCUGCCAACGUUCCAAUUAUAUCACCAUUUUACUUGGGGGUUUCCAGUCUCUUCUACUUGCUUGAAAUCAAACCAGCCCCUUCCUCUCCCUAUUUAAGGGCGCCCUUGAGGCCGUCUAGCCCUUAUAAAUUCCCCUUAGGAGGGAACUCGACACAAUGUUCGCUAAUUUGCUAGCCAAACCUCUCGUCAUAAUUUUUUUGGCCACAUUGGUGUCUCUCUCAGCGGCUCUCCCACCCCAUGGGCACGACGUGAGGGAACUGUAUCCUGCAGAUGAAAGUGUGAAACGACUUCAACCCACCGAUUACCCCUUUGCCGGUAAGGGUUCAAAACCCAAAAGAACUGCUGACCUUCCACUUUUGGUUAAUGUCAUCGCUGCGCGCGAGUGAGCUUUCCGGAGGCAUACCUGGCACUAAGUAGAACCGGAGAGUGAUUAGGCUGUCGGAAGUUUGGCUAAUCAUCAACCUUAACGUGGGAUCGAUGCAAUCGCUGCCGACACCCUUUCCUCAUAUCUACUUGGCCGGUAGAUUUUUUUUUACGAUCUAUUUGUUGGUUC